AUGCCACUACGGGCCAAGGUCGAGAGCUCAGCGUUCAGCGGAAAGAUGAGAAUGCUCUCUUCCGCAGCUGCUCCGAAGGAAUUCCCAGACGACGACCCGGACGAUGUCCUCUUCUCGAGCCUCCAUGGCGUCAGGUUGAUCGAGCUUAACCGACCAAAGAAGCUGAACUCUCUCAAUGGCUCGAUGGUGCGGAAGAUUCUUCCUAGACUCCAGGAAUGGCAAAAUUCGCACCUUGCCAACGUUGUGAUGAUCGCUGGUGCGGGAACCAAAGCCUUCUGUGCUGGAGGAGAUGUUGCGGAACUGGCACAGCAGAAUACGCAAGGUGUUAGUGGCCAGAAGAAAUCCAGGGAGUUUUUCGGACAGGAAUACCAGCUCGACCAUUACAUUGCGACCUACAGAAAACCCUUCGUUGCGAUUUUGGAUGGCAUCACCAUGGGCGGCGGAGUUGGACUCAGCGUUCACGCGCCGUUUCGGAUAGCUACCGAGCGCACCAUGUUUGCAAUGCCAGAGACCACCAUCGGCUUUUUCCCAGACGUUGGCGGAUCCUUCUUCCUUCCACGCCUUGAUGGAGAGAUUGGAACGUACCUUGCGUUGACUUCGGAGCGCUUGAGUGGCGUGCAGGCAUUUUAUGCAGGCAUUGCAACUCAUUACCUUCCCUCCAGUGCCUUGGGCAGCCUUACCAGUCGACUCUCGGAGUUAGUGUUCCGCGAUAUGGCUCCAUUGAAACGGCGUCUUGACCUCAUCGAACAGACUAUCUCCGAAUAUACCAUCACCCUGCCAACUCUCAAAGAAGAACCAAUGCUCCUGGCUGGUAGCCUCCGUGAAUCCAUAGAUCGAUGCUUCGCUCCGUCGACCGUUGAAGAAAUCGUAUCCGCUCUGCAGGAGGAGACGGUGAACCCGGAAUGGGCAGCAAAAACUCUCAAGACAAUCAGCCAACGGUCUCCCAUUGCUCUCAAGGUCACCCUGCGUCAACUUCGCCUGGGCAAGAAUUGGACUAUUUCCGAGGCAUUCCAGCGAGAAGAUCAAAUUGCUGGACACUUCAUGGCCCACCCUGACUUUGUCGAAGGUGUUUCUGCUAGACUUGUCAAUAAGCCUCCAACAAAGCCUGUCUGGAAGCAUGGAUCACUCGCUGAAGUCACCGACGAGGAUGUGGAUGCAUUCUUCCGCAUCCCAGAGGGCGAAACCCGUCUACCAUUGCUCAGCCAGGAUGGAGAUUACAAGGAGUAUCCUUAUGCCAAAUUUGCUCUGCCUAGAGAACGCGAUAUUACGGAUUAUGUCCGACAACGACAACCAACUCAAGCCCAGGUCGUCGUCGAGGGUAUUAUGGAGAUGUGGGAGGAGAAGCUUGGGGUAAAGGAGAAAGUGAUUGAGGUUUUGAAGCGAAAGACUAAAGAGACAGAAGAGGGGUUGGUAUUGGUUGAGUAG